GAACACAAGGUGGCGAUAGUAUACAAAUAAGCCGGAAACCAACCACCGUAAAACAAAGAUGUAGUAGAAGAAGAAUACUAAAAUACGAGUAAAGAUGGCGGAGGACAACAUACCAGAUUUGAGCAGACCUCAAAUUUAUUUAUUUGGUUGUACACUCAAAUCGGACAAAAAGGAGUUCAGAGUGGAGGUGGAAGAUGUUGAUGCGGACCAUCAGCUGUCACUCAAAGCAGUGUGUCUGGGCGCUGAUGCAGACGACCAGUUCCACACGGUGGAGAUAGAGGGGGUCACAUACGACGGAAAGACAGCCAGAGUCCCCCUCGCUGUCUUAAAGCCUUCUGUCCUGCCCAGUCUGAGUUUAGGAGGAUUCGAGAUCACUCCUCCGGUAACGUUUCGUCUCCAGUCCGGCGGUGGCCCCGUCUAUAUCAGCGGACAGCACUUUGUCAGUGUGAGAGACUCUGAGGAGGAGGAGGAGGAAGAGGAGAACAACUCGUCUCCAGUGAAGAGGCCGUCCAGCCUGGCGUCAGGGAAGAGACCCGCCCCGAAAAAAAUGAAAAUGGAAUCUGACGAUGAUGAUGAUGAUGACGACAGCGAGGAAGAUGAUGACGAUGAUGAUGACGAGGACAGUGAUGAAGAGGAGAAGGGUGUGAAAAUGCAGAAGAACACUGCCAAACCCGUCAAAAAGAGCACAGAGCCUUUGGGGAAUAAGCCUAAAGGUCCUUCGAAGCAGAACGGCUCUCCAGGAACACCAGGCUCGGCUGCUACACCCCAGGCCAAGUUACAGAAAAUGGGGCUGGCGAAACAGAAGUCUGGGGCAGGUCCUUCUGGAGUUCUCUCUCUCCCUGAGGUCAAGAGCAAGCUGACAACAGCCGCCAAAGAGGGAAAACCUCUACCCAAGACUGAGCAAAAGUUUGAAAACUUUGCUAAAAGUUCUUUCAGAAUCACAGAUAAAAAAGUGGUUAAGGACCUUUGGGGCUUUGUUCAAGCCUUGAAGACAGAGAAGAAAUAAUGUUAAUUCUCCGGAGUGGACAGUAGAUCUUUGAAGAAUGGGGAGUGAAAUCAGGCUAUGGAUGGUUUGGAACCACUGUGUUUGGUUUCACAUGACACAGAAGUGCAAGGUUACUUAUGUUUCCUAACAGACUUAAGGAAAUGAACAAAUACAUACUUGUUUGGGUUGUAGACGUUAUUAUUUCUUGCUUUUUCGCAGUUAAAUUACAUUUUAAGAUCAGUAAGUGAAAACUUUGUAAGCAUUAUAAAUAUGAUUUUAAUCUGAAAACCACACUGACAUCCCAAGGAGACAGAUGAAGAAAGGGAAUAGAACCGUUGUGUUAUGUAAUUAGAUUGUACACACUGAGGCAAUACACACUUGGCCUAAUGUGGACAAAGUCUGAUCUAAAAAGUUACACAAAUCUGUAUUUUUGCUAUAUAGAUUAAUGUUGAUUUGCAGAAGAAGAAUUCUGUGCUUUUAACUCCUACCAUUGUCCUGCAGUGACAGGCUGCCUGUGUGUAUCUCACCUCAGGUACACAGUGCUCCAGGUAACCUUCUCUGCACUAUGGUGGCGAUUCGAGUCAUUUAAAAAAAAUGUUCAAUCCGUCUAAAACUUGAAUUUGUUCUUUGAGACUGUGGCACAUGUCGUUAUCUGUAAACGGUCAUAAUCAUUUUUUCAUAUGGUUUUGUGGCAGCUUUAAGGUUCAUCCCCUCAAUCUUCAGAUCAUGUGGUGUUUUGGAUUUGUUAUGAAUUUGCCGUUGUUGUCCAAGGUGAUGGAUAAUACAGAAUAUAUUCUGAAUGCUCGGUUCUAAUGCCCUUUGUGGUCCCAGCCUGUUUUUAACCCAAGAUAUCCAUAGAUGUAUGUAGAAUUAUUCCGAAAUAAUGUAUUAUUAAUAUCAUUUUUUAAUGUUUGAGUUUGGUCCUUUUACUCUUGUUAGUGCAGGCAAAUGUCUGUCUCGUAGAGGGUUAAUCUGUGGUCCCUAACAGUAGAUAUACUACUGCUACAUAGCCAGUUUGUUUGUCAUAAUGUCUAAAAGAUGUAGUCCAUUCCUGAUGAAAUGUCCCCUUUCAUUAAACCUUCACUUUGUUA